AUGACGGCAACGACGGCACGCCAGCAUCCCUCUUUUGAGGCCGUCGCAGCCGCCUGCCGACGACAUCCAGCACAGGCAGCCGCGCUCUUCCAGACUUUCGCAGACUUGACACAUUCGCAAGGGUGGAGAGACCUACGCGUGCUCGAGCUCGCUGGAACUGAUCUGUGCGUGCUCAAAGGGAAAGCGAAAGCUCAAAACGGAGCAAUAGAAGAGAAGAUCGUGCUACCCAUGGUCUUGACGACGCCAACGCAUAUGCAAACAUUGCAGGGCGUCUUUGCUGCAUUGCCGUCGAGAGAAGAAUCGAUUUUAGUCUCUAUCGCCGAUUCAGACUCCACGACGGUAUACUACAAGCUGGGAAACGGCAUCGUCAAGCCGAAAGAAGUGCCAGACUGA